AUGAACAGACAGGACCGUGCAGGAUUCGCGACUGUGCGUUUGCUAAUCUCGGGAGGGCAGACGAAAGUCAUGGAAGGACUAAAUACAACGCCACAUUGGCCUGUUCUGAGUACUUUGCAAGCAUCGAAUGUCGCAACGCGGAUUCAAGAUCAGCUGGUGGCAGACUAUUCCACUUCUGUUAAUGUCUUCGUACAUAACUCGGCAUUGUGGGCCCGAAUCAGCGGUCAGAUAUAUUUGGAGCUUGAAGAUUUCAGGUGGCUUGCACAGGUUUUGAAAGUAGUAUGUGCGGAAGCAUGUGCAAGCUUGGGAGAGUCGAAUGCGAGAUGA